AGUGAGGGGAAGGAAAGCCGCACUUUCCUACCAUUUUCCUACUAAACAAACACCAUUUCCCAAACCUUAAAAGGACCCCCCCAACUUGCUCUUUUUUCUCCUCCAAUUUUCUUCUAAACCAAACUCACUCUUCUCCUCACCUACUUCCAACUAAUACCCUUUUUUUUUUCUUCUUCUUCAACUGAGACUGCUUAUAGGCCGUGUUUUGGGAUGUGCAGUGGUUCAAAGAGUGAACAUAAGCCCUCAAGUUUCAUCAUGGAAGGUGAAUUACAGGAGCCAAAAGCCGGUUCUCAAUCAAUUUUGCUCGAAUUGGCUGCAUCUGAUGAUCUAGUAGCCUUCAAAAGUGAAGUAGAAGAGAAAGGUUUGGAUUUCGGGGAGGCGAGCUUCUGGUAUGGUCGGAGAAUAGGGUUGAGAAAGAUGGGAUUUGAAGAGAGGGCGCCUUUGAUGAUUGCAGCCAUGUUUGGUAGCAUCGAAAUUUUGAAAUACAUCAUUGGAAGUGGCAAGAUUGAUGUGAAUAGAGCUUGUGGCAGUGAUGGGGUUACUGCCCUUCAUUGCGCUGUUGCUGGUGGUGCAGAUUCUUCGGUUGAGAUUGUCAAGCUGUUGCUUGAUGCAUCUGCCGAUGUGAAUUGUGUAGAUGCUAAUGGGAACAAACCUGUUGAUCUGAUUGUGCCGGGUUUAAACUCUUCGAGCAAUCACAGAAGAAAGGUGAUUGAGUUGUUACUGAAUGGCGAUGAUGUUCUUUACGGGGAAGAAGAAUCUGAUAAGACAACGAUGCCUCAGUUGCCGAAAGAGGGGUCUGAGAAGAGAGAAUAUCCUAUGGAUGUAUCACUGCCUGAUAUCAACAAUGGGAUAUAUGGAACCGAUGACUUCCGGAUGUAUAUGUUUAAGGUGAAGCCUUGCUCGAGGGCAUACUCCCAUGAUUGGACUGAGUGCCCUUUUGUUCAUCCUGGUGAGAAUGCGAGGAGAAGGGACCCAAGGAAGUACCCUUAUAGUUGUGUGCCGUGCCCUGAGUUCCGAAGGGGGGCUUGUCCUAAGGGUGAUGCUUGUGAAUAUGCUCAUGGUGUGUUCGAAUCCUGGCUUCAUCCUGCUCAGUACCGGACUCGGCUUUGCAAAGAUGAGACUGGUUGCGCUCGUAAAGUUUGUUUCUUUGCUCACAAACCUGAAGAAUUACGUCCCGUGUAUGCUUCCACUGGAUCAGCGAUGCCUUCUCUGAGGUCUGCUGCAAUGAAUGCAGUGGACAUGACAACUUUGAGUCCUCUAGCACUCGGUUCUUCAUCUUUGCCGAUGCCGACGACUUCAACGCCACCCAUGUCUCCUCUGGCAACCUCUUCAUCACCAAAGACUGGAGGCUUGUGGCAGAACAACUUUAACCUCACCCCACCUGCAUUGCAGCUACCUGGUAGCCGCUUGAAGACUACUUUUAGUGCCCGAGAUUUCGAUUUGGAAAUGGAGUUACUCGAGCUUGAAAAUCAAUUGCAGCAACAACAGUUGAUGGAUGAGAUAUCGAGUCUCUCCUCCCCAUCUUGCUGGAGUAAGGAAUAUGGUCGUCUCGGGGAUUUGAAGCCUAGUAAUCUCGAUGAUGCAUUUGGAUCUCUCGAUCCUUCCCUGCUGUCUCCGUUGAAGGGACUGUCUAUAAAAUCCGGAAUACAAGCCCAGUUGCAAUCUCCAACUGGACUUCAAAUACGCCAGAACUCGAACCAACUACGUUCAGGCUACCCAACAAACCUUACAUCAUCCCCUGUGAGGAAGCCCUCGGCAUUUGGUUAUGACUCAUCGGCUGCAGUGGCUGCAGCAGUAAUGAAUUCCCGGUCUUCAGCGUUUGCAAAACGGAGCCAGAGUUUCAUAGACCGUGGAGCAGUGACCAACCGUGCCGGACUUGCCACUCCUGCUAAUCCCACAACCACAAUGUCUUCAAACACUUCGGAUUGGAGCUCUCCUAAUGGGAAACUGGACUGGGGUAUUCAAGGAGAUGAGCUAAACAAGCUUAGGAAAUCCGCUUCGUUCGGGUUUAGAAACAACCACCCCGCUGCGAGAGCAACAGACAUGAUGGCAUCGAAUAUGGAAGAGCCAGAUGUGUCCUGGGUUCAUUCCCUCGUGAAAGAUGCUACUCCGAUGGGAACUGCAACUUUGCCAUCGUGGGUGGAGCAAAUGUACAUAGAACAAGAGCAGAUGGUGGCAUAAGAAGAAAGGAUUCAUUUGCUCAUUUGCUUUAGUCUUAACUUAUUUCAAUAUAUUAUUGAAUUAUUAGGUGAAAGAUGGAUCAAAACAACAAAGAAAAUUGAUUUGAUUAUUUCAUAUUCUUGAUUCUUUUUUAUUUUCUUCCUCUUUGGGGGAUUGUUCUUCAAUGUUUCAGCCGAAGUUGAAGGUUAUGGCAUUCCUCAAAUUUCUGUGAUCUCGUUGUAAUUUUCUAUUAAUGUGAUUUUUCUUUUAUCUGAUGA